UUAUAUUGAUGCCACUGCAGCGCCAACAAAAGUUCACCACUCAACGGAACCGUAAACACUUAAAUAAAUAUAUAAAUCAAGCAAGAGAGAGAAAUACGAGAAGAACGAAACAAUGAAAAUGCAGGAAAAUUUUUGCAGGAAACGCACCGAAAAACUUGUGAAAAAGCCAUAAAAGAAAGUUGUAAUUCUUGGCCAUAAUACGAAAUAAAAUAAAAUCAUAUAAGAGCAAAGUGGAGCAGAAAGUAAAUAGGAAAUAGGAGAAACGGGGCUAGAGUGUCCAAGCCCCCAGUGUAUUAAUUCAAUAAACCUAUUUAUGUGAGACUUCGACUGGGAUUUCGGGGAGCGACGGCGAGAUAGAGAUUUCGCAGAGAAUGCGACAAAGUUUGCCAGCCAAGACGGCGCAGUGCAAUCAGCCCAGUCUGCUAAGGAGUCGACCGAGGAGUCAGAGAAGUCCAAGGAGCCAGAGCAGCAGGAGCAGCCAGAUUCGAUGCCGCAAACGAGUCCCAAUUGGAGGCAGGCGGACAAUGAGCGCACAAAAGGCUCUGUAAGUGUCAUUGCAGCCAGGAACUGUGCCACUGGGACUGCCACAGCCACAGCCACAGUCACAGCCACCGCCGACGCCACAGCCCCAGCUCGGCGAAGGACAGCCACGUUGACAACUGCAGAGAUGACAGUGAGGGCAGGAGACGUGGGCGGACCAUCUUCAGGCCAACGUCGCCAAUUUUUACGUGGCACCAGGACAGCAGCCCGGACAGCAUCUUGGCUGGAUCUCCUUCCAGCCCUUCUGGUGCUCGGCUUUGGGAUGCAGCUUGUCACCUGCAGCGAGGCAAAGCCGCAGCCACAGCCACAGCCACAGGCAAGCGUACAGCCAGGACCAGCAGUCAGGCAGGUACAGGCAGCGGCACAAACACAGACAGAGCUUAUGGCAGCCCCGAGAUCCACACUGCCAGAUAGGCCAAUGACAACACAAAACGAUCUAAUUACGACAGCCAGCAACUUGACGACAGCAAAAAAACAAACAGCAGAAACCGAGGCAGCCUCAACGAGCCCGAGCGAAGGGGAAACAAGCACGGCCGUAGCCCGGGGCGUGUCAUCAGCAGCAGCAGAAGGAGCAACGAUAGGAGCGACCAAGUCACCACAAAUUGGGCUAAAUACUCGGUACGCAGAAGAGCAAGCACUAGAGCAAAUAGAGAAAGCGCCACAGACAGCAAAUGCAGCCGCAGAAACAGCAACAACAGCAGCAGCAGCAGCAGCAGCAGCAUCAGAAGAGCGUACGACAGCGACCACAACAGCUGAAGCGACAGCAGCGAUGCUCAUAUCAACAAUUUAUCCAGCAUCAACGGAAACGGAUGGCCACAACUCCAUUGAAACGCUGCCAGCAGAGAACCAGAGCAAGGAAUUGGAAAACGCGGCAGUGGAAAGAGCAGAGCUGCCUGCUGAGGAUGAUGAAAAGAACUCGUUGCGGCCACUGUCGCUACCGCAUCCGGGUGGGGCUGAUUCAUUGACCAAGGGCUUCUCCAUACCCACCUUCCUGCCGCCGUUUCCCGUUUUCGCGGCAGCGGAUUUGCCAGCUUACCGCGCUGCAGCCGAUGCGGCGGCUGCUGCCGCGGCAGCCGUGGAAGAGGAAACAAAAGCAGCAGCAGCCGCAGCAGCUGCAGCAGCAUCAGCGGAGGCAGCGACAUUGUCGCCAGAGGAGCAGCGACGGCGAAUGUUUGAUGAGCAGCAUUCGUACUUGGCCGCCCACCGGGCGGCAGUCGACGGGGACGGGCAGCCAGUCCGACGGAACCUGACAAUGCCGGUGCUAAACAUCACCGCCCAAAUGGGGAAUCACGCCUACAUGCCAUGCCAGAUACAUCGCCUCUCCGACAAGCCCGUCUCGUGGGUGCGCAUGCGCGACAACCACAUUAUCAGUGUGGACGAGACUACCUUUAUAGCGGAUGAGCGUUUCCAGUCGAUCUUCCAGGAAGAACAUGACUACACCUGGUCGCUGCAGAUCAAGUACGUAGUGCCCGACGAUGCGGGCGGCUACGAGUGCCAAAUGGCCACCGAACCGAAGCUCAGUGCCAAAGUACAUUUGGAGAUAGUCACACCCAAGACUGAGCUGAUUGGGGAUCAGAGUCGCUUCGUUAAGGCCGGCAGCAAGGUGGCCCUGCACUGCAUCGUGCGGGGGACUCUGGAUCCACCGAAAUACAUCAUCUGGUUCCGGGGCCAGAAGAAGGUGAGCGAAAGCGAUGAGCGGACUGGGUGGUACACACAGCUCGAUCGCAAUAUCUUCGGGACAGUGGGUGAUAAUCAGAAUACGAUCGGUUCAUUAAUUAUACCGGUCGUGCGUAAAGAGGAUUCCGGCAAUUAUACGUGCCAGCCAUCAAACAGUGUCUCCGUCUCAGUGGACUUGCACGUCCUCAGCGGUGAAUAUUCCGCAUCGGCCAUCAUGUCAACGGCGUCGUGGACAAAGACAAGGACGAGCACCAGCGGGAGAAGCACGUCCCACUUGAUGCUUUGGAUGCUGGGACUCUUGGGACUCCUUGGGGCGCUGCAGGGACCGUUGCACACACCCCAGACGUGACUCGACUAUUGAAUAGACGGGACGCAUGGACGCACGGACACAUGGUUGAGGAUGCUGACUUGGAUGCUGCGGACAUUGCUGUCCAGCUUCCAAUUAUUUGUAAGCUUUUGCGCCAUCUGCAGUUACGUAAUUUAGGUUAGAGAUUAAUUAAAGGCGGCCUUGUAAAUAGCAGAGACGGCGGGAGAUGGAAGUAGGAUUCUAUGAUUAGGUUAAAUGUUACCAUAACUCUCAUGUCUGGGUGUCAAAUACUCGCACUCGUACUCCCCGUACUUCCCAUACAAUUCAAUCUACUGUACAUGAAUAUUUUAGUCAUAGAUACACGAGCGGAAUUUCGCCAUUUCAAGUUGUGAAAACGAAUCAAUAAUUAGAUUAUUGUCAGAAAAUGAUUAAAAUUCUAAAAACUUAACACAGAAAUCA